GUUAUAAAAAUCGCCCCCUUGAACAAUGCAAUAGACAACCAUAUAGAGUUGUUGAGUGUUAGUGGAAUGCAAAAUUGGAAUUGCUUGUAACAAUGCCGUCAUAUUUAUGGGUGGCUGCUAUGACUGCUGUGGUGGCUUGUGUCUCAGCCUGGUUUGGAUUAAAUCUACAGCCAUUUACCUUGAACACCCUUAGACUCCAGCGUCAAUUUGCUACCUCAACAGCUCUGAGAGCGCCGACGAAUGUGCCAACGCCGUUCUGCUUCUACAAACUCAGUCUGCAAUGGCCGCCUGCUACUUGUAAUGGUGGCAUGUCUUGCAAACCACCUACCCCUCGCCAUUUCACCAUCCAUGGUAUAUGGCCACAAGAUGGCAAUGACUAUCCGGUGCCCCCAUACAGUCCAACAAAUCCUUGUACCCCUGUCACACCUACUCCUGCCAGUAAUCUCCCAACUGAGCUGAAUCCAAUUCUAAGCGACUUACAAUCAUUAUGGCCAAACUUAAGGGACCCUAAUAACUUGAACCAAAACUUCAUAUUUUGGGGCCAUGAAUGGACAACACAUGGAAUGUGUUCUGAUUACCCUAACGACCCUCGUGACUACUUCAACUCUGCCGUGCUGCUCAGGAAACGCUUCAAUCCAGUGCAACAAGAAUUACCUACCUGCAACAACAUGUCUAAUAUUCCAUCGAAACCCGUUGUCAUCGUCCGCCAGGUUCCUACGUUUUGUCCUAAAGAUGAUCAAGUCAUGUUAUUGCAUGACAAGUCUUAUAACAAGUCGGGAGAGAGUUGCAAUAAUGUUGCGUUACAAGGGUCAGUUUUGGUUCUUAGAAGGCAUGGUAGUGAUGGAAAUGAGGUUGAAGCAUUGCAAGUGGAUUCGGAACGUGAAAGGCUUAAAAGACACCGAGAAGAGAUAGCAGGUAGGGUUCUGAUACCAGAUAAAUGGGAUAAAGAGGAGUUGCUUAAAGACUGGAUUGAUUAUUCUUCCUUUGAUUCAUUGUUAGCCCCCAAUGGACUUGCUUCAGCUCGUAAAGCACUUAUGGCGGAGGGAAGGAGGACGAAUUUUCAAAGAUUGAGGUUAGAAAGUAUGUGUUGA